GUUUAACCAAAAUGGCGCAAGAAGAGCUUGUUAAAWUCUGUCUUACUUUAGGAUGUUUAUUGCUUUUGAUUGCAGAAAUAUUAGCUCAACCUGAAGCCCAGGGUGUUUAUCUAAAAAGAGAGCACACAUUAGCGAAGCCGUACCACGGUGGUGGUAUGACAAUACCAGAUUGGGAGUUUCAUGGGGAUACCUUCAUUUCUGGUGACUAUAUAAGACUAACACCUGACCAUCAGAGCAAGCAAGGCUCAAUAUGGAACACAAUUUUUAAAAUUCUCCUUCAAAAGUGCCGUUAUCUUGAGAGGCAUGUUGCUGAGAAAAUUAAUUGUGCAGUGUWAAUCAUAGCUUCAUAUGAUUUUCUUCAGGCUCAGUUUCGUGGAAGAGAAGAAGAUACAUUUGCUCUCGUCCGCUACGUGGGUUCACAAGAACGACUUACCAUGUUAGUGGAUGUUGAUGGGAAAGGCGAAUGGACGGAGUGUUUCGAUGUUGGUGGGAUCAAGUUACCUACGGGAUUGUAUUUUGGUGUUUCUGCAGCUACAGGAGAGCUUGCUGAUAAUCAUGACAUAAUAUCAAUGAAACUUUACGAAGUUGACGAACCAAAGGAUAGUUUAGAUAAAAAGAAAGACGGAGUUCAGGAUUUCUCUAAGAUUGAACCUUUUGCUGAUGGCGCKGAAAAAUACCGAGACCGAGUUGAAGACGUCAAAGGAAGCUUUUCUUCACGUACUACCAAGAUCUUCACGUGGUUCUUCUGGUUCGCUKUAGUUUUUGUAAUUCUCUGCRUCAUUGGAAUUUACUAUCAYCAUAAGCAACAAGAAAACAAUAGAAAACGAUUUUAUUAAUGAAUACUUCACUAGCUAUUAAUCAAAGUAUUGUGGGAGAGGAAAAAGAUUUGAAACAAGAAGAAGAAUGCAAGAUUUGGUAACAAGAAGAACUAGGUUGUCACAUGAUUUGACAUGAUUACCUGACGCAUGUCGAGAAUUUAUUUAUAAAUCCAAUUUCUAAAUAUAGCAUCAUGUACUUGCUAGUCAGCGCUUCAUUUGCAACAUUCCUACUAAUCAAGUGACUUCUAAUAGCGUACACGUGGARAUCUGGGUGCUAGUCGUAUCAUCAUCCCUUGGCUCCAGAAAACUCUCAAAGAAAUAUUACAUCGGAUGAAUAUGCUAGAAUUUCAAAGACAUGCUUGCUUCUAGAAACAUUACAUUAUUUGUCCCCUUAAUCUAAAGCUAUAAAUGUCUGCAAAAUCUUUUCAUUUUGAUUUAWUCACAGCAAAUUUCGGGAUUUUGCUAUCAAAAUGACACUCUUUCUUUUUGAGUUUCCUGCAUUUUUAAUAAUAAUUUGAGUUGAUGAAUUGAUGUUUUUUUAUUUUAAUUUUAUUAGGUUUGUUUCUUAUUUGUAGCUUCAUUUGAUUCUAGAAUMAAAAUGUUUGUCUCUCGCAGUUUGACAUUUUUGAACCCCGCAUACUUUUCAGAAGCAAAUGUUUUUCGCGUCUUCAGUUAUUCAUAUGCAGAGCAAUGCCAUGCAUUUCUACCGUUUAGUAAAGAUUUUAGAUUUGCUACGAAUGCAAAUCAUAUUUGUGCACGACCUUGUCAUCGAGCGUAUGUAAAUUGUAUGUAUUUUCGGCAGUUUCAGUUUAGUAGUACAAUAUACAUAGAAUCUCUAUUUGACAAAAGUAAAAURUGUAUAUUAUUAUUACAAUGAAUUACAGUUUGGGACACUUGAAAAGCUAUAGAAAACCAAAACAUUCACACUCGGGUAUUGAGACACUGYGUUGGGUAAUUUCCAUUGGAAUGAAAUCCGUUCAGCCUUCGUCAACUCACUAAUUCGGGGUCGACCACUACCGUCAGAACGAAGCUUGYGAUUGAACGAGACAAAAGUACAAAAGCAAGGAAUUUUAGAAUUAUUUCAGGCAAUCCGUCCCUAUUUUUGUAUUGMCUGUCUUAGUUCAUCAAAUCACAAUCUUUGCUCUUACAGGAGUGUACAGCCCCUCAUUCGCUUCACUCUGAAAGUGAAAAAGACUUUGAAACUACGCAAGACGUUUUGUUUAAGACCUACUUUGUGAUGUUAUCUUCGUUUAUAGUCUAAUGAAUUGUAUUAAAUAUUAAUGCUAUUGGUGUGUAUUUUGUCUACAUAACAGAGGAAAAUAUGCAUUCCGAAAUAAAUGAAAGUUGAGAGUGUG